AUGAGUUGGUAUUCCCAGGAAGCUACUGAUGAAUCAUCAAGAGCAUUUCAACAAUAUGAAAUCAAAGAAGGAAUAGCCUUUCUUAUUGAGAUAACUCCAGAAUUAUUAGCCCCAGUUAGUGAACUAAAUUCUAGGUCCCAAUUAUUUGAAAUUUUAUCAAGUAUAAAUGAUUUAAUGCAAGAAUUGAUAAUGACUUCAAGAAGUACUGGUAUUGGGAUAUAUCUUUAUAAUUGUCAACCAAAUUCAAAGCUACGUUCCAUGAAAAAUCCUAGUAAUUUCCAGAAAUUAUUCCAUUUGAAUGUUUUGAAUUUGCAAAAUAUGAAGAAAUUGAAUGAUAUGAUUCAAGAUGUAAGUAUUAAACCAUUAAAUGAAAUUUUCAAAUAUAAGCCAAGUGAAAGUGAAACACAAUUGACUACAGUUUUAAGUAAAAUGAUUGAUGAAUUUACAAAUAAAAAGGAGUUUAAUAAAAGAAGAAUGUUUUGGAUUACUACUAAUGAUAAACCAUAUACUCAAGAAACUACAAAAGAAGCGAUUUGGAGAAUAAUUGAUGAUUUUUACUAUUAUGGAUUUUUCAUUGAGCCUUUUUUCUUAUCUUCAGGAGAUAAAAGAUUUGAUUUUGAAUUAUUUAAAGAUAUUUUCAUGAAUACAAAUUAUCUUAAAAGAAGUCAAGAACGUGCUCUUCAAGAUGAAGAACAAGAACGUGAUCUUGAAAAUGAACAAGAAUUAGUUAGACCAAGAGGGUUUUCUAAAGAUAGUGCUGUUUUUAAAUAUUCAAUUGUGGGAAAACAAAUUAGACAACGUAUUUUUCGUAUUAAAGAAGUUAGAAGAAUGCAGUUCACAUGUGAUUUAAUUCUAAGUGAUGAUGGUACUCUUGGUGGUGGAUUGGGGUGCACUAUUAGAGCCUAUACUUUAUAUUCACAUGAGAAGAUAAAAAAGAAUGAGUUGUUGUUGUAUACACGAGAUGAAACUUUAAAAAAAGUGUUUACAACGAAUAAACUUAAACAACGAGGUGAAGAAAUUGUAAUUAAAAAGGAGAAAGGUAAAUCUGCUACACAAUUAAAAGAAGAAUCUGGUAUUAGAAAAGGUUAUGAGAUUGGUGGCGGUGAAGAUGUGGUUUUUUUGAAUAGAGAACAGUUGGAAUUUCUUACAAAUUAUGCAUUUGAUCAUCGAUUACAUGAAUCAGAAAGUUUAGAUACUACAUUUGUGGAUAUCACUGUUGAUGAAGCAACACAGGGGAAACCUGUUCUUUUUUCAAAACCCCCAUAUUUGAAAUUAAUUGGAUUUAGAGACUUGAAUCAAUUCAAUCCGGUGUAUACUUGUGGACCUCCAACUUUUGUAACUGCUGAUAUUGAAAAUGGUUUGGUUACUACUAGUCUACAAGGUGGUUUUUCUAAUUCUUUAGAAACUUUUGCUUCAUUAUACCGAUCAUGUAUUAAACUAAAACAGUAUGCGAUUGUCUUUGGAUGUACAAGAAGUAAUUCCCGUCCAUUUUUAUAUGCGUUGUAUCCUACUUGUACAACAAAUUCGUCUAAAUUGAUUUCUGGCUCAGAAUUCCCACAAGGUUUUUUAUUAAUCAAGUUACCAUGGUUAGAAGAUGUUAGAUCAUUGCCAGGAGAAUAUAUUAACCAUACCAAAUCAGAACCAAUUCAAACAGAUGAUGAUUUGGUUGAAAAUUUUAAAGAAUUAUUACCUAAAUUUAAACUUCAACCAUAUAAUCCCAAAGAUUUUCCUAAUCCAACAAUGAAUUAUUUUUAUAAAGUUGCCAAACAUGAAAUUUUACAAAUUGAUUUUACACCACAAGAUAAAAUACUACUGAAGAAUGAUAUAACCAUAAAGAAAUUACAAGAAGUUAAACAGUCAAUUUCAAAUGAUGAAUCAUCUAUUGAGAUACUAAAAAAGAUUAAUUUAAAGUUAAAUGAAAUUGAACGAGUUGAAUCUAAGAAAAGACCAGUUAUUGAACAAAGCAAUGAACCUAAAAAGAAAUUAAAACCAAAUGUUGAAAUUUCAGAAGAUAAAAUUUUAUUUGCUUGGAAGAAUGAUACUUUGAUUCAAUUCAACAUGGAUCAAUUAAGAAGUUUUAGAAAAAAGUACCCUGAUAUAAAGUAUGCUUCAAAAAAAGUUGAGUUAAUUGAAAAUAUCAAAGAAUUUUUGAAUAGUAGGCAAAAGAAAUAA